UUUAUGGGAAAUUCCGAGAAAUUUUUUCUACCCAUUUUCAACAUCUGUCCCACUCGCAUUCUCACUUUACUGAGUUUUUUCUCUGAAACCAAACAAAAAAAACCUGUUACUUUAAUCUUUUCUGUUGCAGUAGUUGAGUUCUUGCUUGUCUAAAGCUUUGAGGGCGUUCUUUUUCCAUUUUUCUGAAGUGGGUCUCUUGGGAUCGCUGUCAAUGCCCUUUGUUGAAUUUCAGAGUUUGGAGACCUAGGGUUGCGUUUGGUUGUGACGAUUAAAGCUUAAAGGAUGAGGAGGAGUAAGAUAAAGAAAGAAGAGAUUGCAGAAGACUACUGCUUUGUCUGCAAAGAUGGAGGUCUGCUUAUGGUCUGCGACUACAAAAGCAAAAUCAAUAUAACUGGGCCUUCCACACAGUUAGAAGAUGACAGGACUGUCCACGAAAGAAUCAAGCAGAGUGUUGAGAUAUUGAACAGGAUGAAGGAUAUUGUGUGCCUUAUUAUAUCUUAUCCUCCUAUGAGCUUGGUGAACGGAGAAAGCUACAAGCGGAAUCAAUAUAAGUGGGUUCGGGACAUUUUGAAGAUCAAUGAUGUGGUGAGAGAAAUGGAAGCACCUUCAAAGAAGAAAGAGAUCGAUGCUUUUAAGUUAGAGAAUCGAAUCAGUACACUGAUGACUCAUUACAUGGAUGAAAUUGAACCUUUAUUUCCCCAAGUUGUGAUUGCGAAGAGCUUUAGCGGGAUUUAUGUAGAAAGGCAUGGCCAAAUAAUGCCUACGCCAAAAAGAAUGUAUGAUUUGGCAGUAGACUUUGCUAUUCGUGAAAUUUUACAACAUAUAGAAUACCCUAAAAUUCAGAAGAUUGGGAUUUCAGGAAGCCAUGGAGAAACAAUUAUUUCAGAAUUGUGGGGCAAACUACAGGAAUGUUGUAUAUUUGAUCAUGUCAUUGAUGUUGAGGUCUCAAGAUGUUCCACCAUUGAAGAGAUUAGAUUUUCAAUUGAACGGGAGUUGUUUCCCUCCACAUCAGGAGAACGGAAAUUAGAUGAAACACUGAAAGGCACAAACUUCUUCAUCCUUCUUCAUGAGGUUGGUGAAAGGGUAAAUCUUUAUGACAUGGGGACCAACUGGUGGAACUCAAAGAAAAUUCAAAAAAUAGUUUAUACAACUAAUUCUCAGCAUGUUGAUGACGUAACAGCAGUGGGUGUAGAGAUCAGGAUGGAGAAUCAUCUGUUAUCAUGGGAAUUGUUCUGUGUGAAUGUUGGGGAAGUUGUGCACUCUUCAGGGAUCCAACGCCUUGCCAUAAAUGUGGUUGAAAAGUGUUGUGGCCAUUUACUCGCUGUUGUUAUAAUGGCAAGAGCUUUGAAAGACGUGAAUGAUGUUUUGAUCUGGGAAUAUGCAUCUUAUACACUAGGAUUGCAGCACAGAUCUCAGACAAAAGAUAGAGUCUUAUUUAAUGCAUUGGCAUUCAUGUGGGGCCAUUCAGGUUCGACAAACAAGUAUUUACAAUACUGUGUAGACAUGGAGAAUUGGGGACAGAUGGAGAAAGUGCAUUUGAUUGAAGAGUGGAUCACAAGCGGCUUGGUAGGAACAUUUGAUGAAGGUGAACAGAUUGUGGGGGAUCUUGUCAAUGCCUUCUUGUUAGAGAGUUUUCAGUAUGGAGAUUCUAAUUUUGUCCGAAUGCGAAGGGAAAUUCAUGAGGAGUUAUUAAACUUCUUAAGAUUUGAAUCAUGUUCACCCUUUCUUAGGCUGGGUGGAUGGGGACUAACUGAACCACCAAAAGAUGAGGCAUGGGAAAAGGCCAGUGAGAUGCAUUUGAUGAAUAAUAAACUUUCAGAGCUACCAACGAGUCCUCAUGGCUCACAACUCAAAGUGUUGUUUUUGCAGUCCAAUCACCUUUUAAGAGCUAUUCCUCCGAUAUUCUUUGAAGGCUUGCCUGUCCUCCAAAUUCUAGACUUGUCCUACACUAGAAUCAGAUCUUUACCACAAUCUCUCUUUAAGUUAUUCGAACUUCGAAUUUUCUUUUUAAGAGGCUGUGAACUUUUAAUGGAGCUGCCACCUGAAGUUGGAAAACUCGGGAAUCUUGAGGUGCUCAAUCUUGAAGGCACUAAAAUUAUAAACCUACCCAUAGAUGUUGAAAGACUGACAAAGUUGAAAUGCUUGAACGUGUCAUUUCAUGGAUACAGAAAAAAUCAGUCAUCCACACUCAUUCCUCGGAAUGUGAUACAACAAUUGUUUCAAUUGCAAGAGUUAAGGAUAGAUGUGAACCCUGAUGAUGAACAAUGGAAUGCGACCAUGGAAGAUAUUGUAAAGGAAGUGUGCAGCUUAAAACAGUUGGAGGCUCUAAAAAUUUAUUUGCCACAAGUUGCACCGCUUGAUCACUUUAUGAGGAAUGGAACUUCGUCGGUAUACACAUCAUUAGUCCACUUUAGAUUUGUUGUUGGCAGUCAUCACAGCCGCAUUAUAUCUCGAUUGCCCAAUGAACUUGCAAUUAAAUUUGAACUCCAGGCAAGGAGCCUGAAGUAUGUGAAUGGUGAAGGCAUUCCAAGUCAAAUCAAGGAGGUACUCCAGCAUUGCACCGCUUUGUUCCUGGAUCGCCAUUUAACUCUCACCAAGCUAUCUGAAUUUGGGAUUGGAAAUAUGAAGAAGCUGGAAUUUUGUGUAUUGGGGGAAUGUUACAAGAUUGAAACCAUUGUGGAUGGAGCAGAAAAUUGUAAACAACAAGAAGAUGAUGGAGAUGUUUAUGGAGAAAAUAUACUUGGAUCUCUACAAUUCUUAAGGCUUCAUUAUAUGAAGAAUUUAGUGAGCAUCUGGAAGGGACCAGUUUGGAGGGGUUGCCUAUCUAGUCUAAAGUCCUUGGCAUUGCAUGAAUGCCCACAGCUGACUACCAUUUUUACUUUGGGUUUGCUUGAAAAUCUCAACAGCUUAGAGGAGCUUGUGGCUGAAUGGUGCCCUGAAAUCAACAGCAUAGUGACCCUUGAAGAUCCUGCUGAACAUAGACCAUUCCCCUUGAGAACAUAUCUCCCUAAUUUGAGGAAGAUAUCACUUCAUUACGUGCCUAAAUUGGUCAACAUUUCAAGUGGUUUACGCAUUGCACCAAAACUAGAAUGGAUGAGCUUCUAUAACUGUCCACGCCUUGAAACUCUGUCUGAUAUGGAAGUCUGUUGUAAUGGUAUAAAGGUGAUCAUAGGAGAGGCAGACUGGUGGAGUACAUUGAAGAGGAGUUCAUAUUUUGGACUUGCUCAGUGGCAUAAUGUAUUUGUCCCCAUUAAAAGUGAUGCAGAUUUGGCAACUCAGAUAGAAGAAAUUGAGAAUCAGCUUCUUGCUGAGAGGCAAGAAAGAAAGCCUUCUCAACAGUCAGGUGAAGCUGAGAGGCAACAGAGAAAGCCUUCUCAACAGUCAGGUGAAGCUGAGAGGCAACAGAGAAAGCCUUCCCAACAGUCAGGUGAAGCUGAGAGGCAAGAAAGAAAGCCUUCUCAACAGUCAGGUUCUGGUGGCUUCAUGGAGGCCCUUGCAUUUGUGGCCACAACUGCCUCAAAGAAAAUGAAAAUAAGGAUGGCCUUAGAAGCAGCAGCAGUGGAAACAGCAGUGACUGAUGUAUAUAGAGAUGGGCGAAGCUUAUUAAGUUGGUCUGGUCGUAAAUUUGGUUAUUGGAAGAAUCUAAAAAGAAACCAUGAAGAUUUAAUGCAGAAAGCUAGAGAGCUUUGGGAACUGAGCAAUGGCAUAAGGGAAGGAAUAAGCCAAAAUAGAAUCAAGCUUGACGCAGCAGAAUGGAUAGUUAAGGUGGAGAUGAAUGAAAGUGAAGUGAUAGAACUAGACACCAAAUACAAUGAUAGAAAAAAUCACCCAUGGAAAUUGUUUCGUUUUUGGAAAGGUGCUAGUCUUAGCAAAGACAUGGCUGAAGUGCAAGCAAGUUCAUAGUCUUUGGGAAGAGGGAAAAUGUAAAAGAGGAGUGUUGGAUGCGGAACUGCCAAAGCGUGUCGUGGGAAUACGUCCAGCCAAAAUAGAUAAACCACCACUGCACAAAUAUGUAGAAGAUGCAGUGAGUUUUCUAGAGGAUCCGAAAAUAAAAAGAAUAGGAAUCUGGGGAAUGGUGGGAACCGGGAAGACCACAAUAAUUGAACACUUGAACACUCGUGAUAAUAUUAACAAAAUGUUUGAUAUGGUCAUUCGGGUAACUGUCCCAAAGGAGUGGAGCGUGGUAGGGUUCCAGCAGAAAAUCAUGGAUUGGCUACAAUUGAAUAUGGGAAGUGCUACUGACAUCUAGGAAAAUGCACAGAUAAUAUUCGAAGAGUUGAAGAAAAAGAAGUGUUAGAUUCUUUUAGAUGAAGUUUGCCAUUCUAUCGAGUUAGAAAAUAUAAUUGGAAUCCACAACAUCAAGAACUGCAAGGUGGUGUUGGCAAGUAGAGACCUAGGCAUUUGUUGGGAGAUGAAUGUUGAUGAGGCAAACCAUUGUCUGAUGAUGAAGCUCUCAACAUGUUCAAGGAAAAAGUAGGUGAGUGUAUUAGUAACUUCCCAAAAGUUACACAAGUGGCCCAGGUGGUGGUUAAAGAGUGUGGGGGUUUGCCGCUACUGAUAGACAA